UUGGUGCUUGUCGCGAUCGAAAGUUCGUUGUGGAUGAGAUAUUUUAGGCGCGCGAUCGUUUCUUUUUGUUGUUGGUGUGCUCUCGUCUAACCGUAAUUGGUCGCAAUCUGUUCCCGGUCGCCAAUGAUGAAUGAUUCGGGUCCAGAAGAAUUCUACGCAGUUGGAUUUGUUGGAUGUGAUUAAUUGUUGGUUAUACUUAAAGAAGAUUGUAACACGUAGCAGUUGACAUUAAGAAAAGGGGAAACGAAGUAUUUUGAAAAUUUAAAUCGUCACUGAACCGUGAAUUUCUCAGGAGAUGAAUGUUAUAGGUUUCAGUCAGUUGGAAAGUCUUGAAUUGAAUAUUAAUUAUCCUCAAAAAAAUCAAGUGAAGAAUUCCUUCGCGGAAUCCCAAUCUCUGCGGAGUAGUGUCUGAGGAGUGAAACCGGAUUUGCAAGAGAUAUCACCGGCACGCUCAUCGUCGUACGACGAAUGUUAGGGGGCGCAAAUCCCGCCGCAAUCACGAAGAUAUCUUUGCGGAUAUUUACCAGGGAAAGGUAGUAGCAGGCAACUUUCGAAAGUGCUUGAAAGAAGAAGGUGCAGAAGGUGCCCGUUUGGAUUCGGAUGCACCCAGUAGUGUAGUACGUUGUUCUUUGUUGUGAACUCCUCGUCAUCGGAGCGAGUUCGAAACUGCAUGCAGAUUAGUGUUUGUGUUGUUUGUUGUUGACGUUAUUUCGAAGAUGUGGGUUCCGGUUUGUGUUGUGAAUAUGCUAAUUCGAUGAUCAUCCCUCUGCCGUUUGCGCACAAAAAGGGUUUGAUGAUGAUUAUCCAACUGUGUAAAUGUUGAACCAGUUCCAGUCACGUGGCUAGGACACACGAGAGGUGGCGACAAAUAAAUGUAUGUACUUUAGUAGGAGAGUGUGUACUCUUUCGCGACGAAGAUUCCAACGCAGAGCUAUUGAUGACUAACUGUGUCUCCGGGUGGAAAUCGCUGCCCGGUGAGUGGAGAUUGUCGUCAGAUUGUUCUUGCUAGCAGACAUGGUCACAACAAUCAAGAUCACAGGCGACGGAGUUUUCAUCCAGUCCAAUUCGUACCUUCAUAACCAUCAUCAUCACCACCAUCACCAUCAUCACAGCAGACAGUCUUCGGGGACAUCUUCAACGGGGACUCAUAAGCCCUUGGAGUCCAUUAGUGAACCUUUAGCUAGCGAUCAAGCUAGUAGCACAAGUAGCAGCAGUAGCAGCGGAGGAGAGCAGGACGAUCUUCCAAUGAACAAUAACAGUACAGGAAAGCUUAGUCGAGACGGUAACAACAAUCAGAAUUCUGAUGCCAAGUUCAGUUUCACUGAUAGUAGUAGCUUCAACGGGCAAACAACCUUCCAAAGAAUCACUCGACGACACUACCAAUCCGAAGAGAUCCUCAAUCGACAUCAGAAGCUCAGCGGCAGCUCCGAUGGUACCGAUGAAGUCGAUGCAACCGGCUCCAACAACUAUACCAGUGGAACCGAAUCGGAUGACCAGUUCACGAUAUCCUUCCUCAACACCCGGGGACAGAACAACAAAAGUCUCCUGAACCAGAAGUUUAUCGUUUACAACAGCAAGAAACCGAAACCGGUGAACCUCCUACAAAACGGUUCCACCUACUACCCCAGUCAAUAUCGGCAAUUCCUGAAUGGUCGCCUAAAACCGGCCUUCUCAACCUCCGUCCUAACCUCUCCAUCGCUAAUAAACGCCGCCGGACACGGAACCCUAAACCGGCCAACGGCAGCAACUCCCCCACCCGGAGCACUACUGGUCGCCAAAUCGACCUCCUUUCUGCAGCGCAUCGGAUCCCCGGCACCCUCGCUGUCCUCACUUUCGCCAUCCAGCGGAUUUGCAUCGGCAUCGCCGACGCCUCAACCAACGACUGCAGCUCAUUCGCCACCGACGGCCGCAGUUGGAGCAAAUCUUGAUGUCGAUGUAAGGAGCGACUUACGUGCUGAGCGAAGGGGUUUCGUAAACCAUCACCACCAGUACAGUGCCCAAAGUUUUCACCAGCAACAGCAGCAGCAGCACAACUCUCUAUCGCGUCGGAACUCCACCGGAAGCAGCGUGCUGAACGGCGGCAUGAACAGUCAUACGGCGGCCAUCAAUCUACAGUCGUCGGGUCAAACAGCAGUCGUCGGUCACCAUCGGGGUUUCUCGUCCACCGUAGUUGCAGCAGCCAACUCGGCCGCCUCCGGCGAUUGUCCAUGGUUCAUGCCGCAUCAGAUGCCACCGACGGCGCCGGCGCGGCAACACAAACGGCCCGCGCCGCAACCCGGCGGCGGGAACGGUGGAGGAGGCCCGGUUCCCAAUAAUGCUGGGCCCGGGCUGAUGCAACCGCCACAGUUCAUCAAUCCUCCACCUGCACCGAACCAACAGCAGCAGCAGUCCCAGAACCAACAGCCUCAACACUCGCCGCAGCAGCUACAACAAAUGGCGCCACCACAAUUACCUCCGCACAGUAGUAAUCAAAACUUAAGUUCCCUCCAUCAACAACAAGCGCAGCAUCACCCGGCUCCGCCACUGCAUUCCGGCAUCGUACCACCGCCACAUCUCAUACCAAAAUCCCCGAACCAGCACAGCAACAUGCUGGUGGGACCUGCCAGUCAUCAGCAGCAACCGCAGCACAAUGCCAUUGGAAGCCAUCAGCCCAGCAUGAUGUCCAGCUCGAUGAACAGCGUGCAGCUGCAGAACCAUAUCCCACACCAAGCACAAUCACAGCAGCAGCAACAGCCGCCACAAAUUCCGCCACCGCCUCACGGGAUGUCCAACUCGAUGCACAGUCAGGUGGGACUACCACCGGCACCUGUUGUAACGUCCGGUGGCGGCCCCUUCGUUGAUAGCAAUGGGGUAUCGACGGCGGGAGGACCAAGUAGUUGGACCGGAAGUGCGAAUCCUGGUGCAACGACGGCGGUAGCGUCUUUAUCUCCGACGGCGGCAGCGGCCUCGGCCCAAAGAAGGGCGGAGCUGAACGCCAAGUUGAAUGCGAUGCCCUGGUUCCAUGGCCGAAUAAAGCGAGAAGAGGCGGAAAACUUGCUGAAGCCACGGGAGGAUGGCCUCUUUUUGGUGCGGGAAUCGACCAAUUUCCCGGGCGACUACACCCUCUGCGUUUGCUUCAACGAGAAGGUGGAACACUACCGGAUCAAGUACGCCGAAAACAAGCUGACAAUCGACGAUGAUGAGUACUUCGACCAUCUCGGGCAGCUGGUAGAGCACUACACGUUGGAUUCGGACGGAUUGUGCACCAAGCUGAUGAAGGCCCUACCAAAGGAAGAGUUCUGCGUCAAGGAUUUCCAGGACAAUGGCUGGGAAAUCAAGUUGGAGGAUCUGCAGCUGAAGGAAAACAUCGGCAAGGGCGAAUUCGGGGACGUUAUGCUAGGCAUACUGAAGGGCGAGAAGGUGGCCGUUAAGGUGUUGAAGGAUGCUGGUCGAGCGUCGAAUAAGUUCCUUGCCGAAGCUGGCGUAAUGACAACUCUCGAACACGAAAAUCUGGUAAAAUUUAUCGGGUUAGUGUUCCACGACAAGUACAUAUAUCUGGUUACGGAGUACAUGAGCAAAGGUUCCCUGGUAGAUUAUCUUCGAUCCCGGGGUCGACAGCACAUCACCCGAAGAGAUCAGAUAAAUUUCGCAUUUGACACCUGCUCCGGUAUGGAAUAUCUGGAGAUGAAGAAGGUUAUUCACAGGGAUUUGGCUGCCCGGAAUGUGCUCAUUUCGGAGGAGUGCGUAGCCAAGGUUUCAGAUUUCGGGCUGGCGCGAGAUGAACGAUACACAGCCGACAUCAGCAAGCUGCCCAUAAAAUGGACUGCACCGGAAGCGCUAAAAGAGGGGAAAUUUUCCAACAAAACGGACAUGUGGAGCUUCGGUAUCCUUCUAUGGGAGAUCUAUUCCUUCGGACGAGUGCCAUACCCGAGGAUUCCCCUGGCCGAUGUGGUGAAGCACGUGGGUAGUGGCUACAAAAUGGAAGCUCCCGAAGGCUGCCCGCCGGAGAUUUACGAAAUGAUGCGGCAGGCGUGGGAUCUGGUGCCGGACAAGCGGCCCACCUUUGCCGAACUGAAACGGCGACUAGCCAUCUGUAAGCGGGAAACAACCAAUACCUACGUGACGUAGAGCCUGCACCCGUAAGGCUCUGAUAAGGACAAAAGAAAAAGCAAGCAAUCCGAAAGCAAGGUUUGUCAAAGUUCUAUUAUCUAUCUGUACUAAAUUACGCUAUAAUUGAAAAAGUGUACCGAAGAAUGGAUACCACACGGGACGUUACAAUAAUCGCCAUCAUCUAUGAUACACGGUUUAUAUAGGUAUGAGAGAACUUCCCACAAAAGCUGCUGGGAAAAUGAAUAAUUAUCACAACUUAUGAUUGUUGCAAAAAAACACUAGACACUGGGGUCAAAACUUGAUUUCGAAGACUACAACAGGAUGGAGGCUUAUCUGAGGUUCUGUACCACCAUUUAGUAGUUAUGAUGAUUUACGAGAUCGAUCAUUUCCCUUAUCCCUGGGCAGCAAUUGUUCGUCAGUUGACGCUCAAACAUCCACACACAAAGCAGCUUUAAUUUUAAGUCGAAAUUGUACAGAGAUCUACCUACCUAGUUAUGUUUGGUUCCAUUUCGGAUCGCAUUCGUCCAUUAGUUUUUGGGUAAGUCCAAGUAUUUUUUGUUUCAUUAAUUUUAUAAGCUAAAUCAAAUUUGUUAUUUGUUUUGUGAACUAUGCGAAGAAGCUACACGCUAGAAGCGAGAUGAACACUCGAAAAAGGAAAACUAAAAAAAUGCCCUUGGGAGAGAUCAAGUGUGUGUAAAUAGUAAGUAAUCAAGUCUUUUUGGGAAGGCAAGAUCGAACGUCAAUAUAAUGAAAAAAAAAAAACUCUGAGAAGUAAAAUUAAUUAAGGUACACCGGGGCAAGUGCAAACUCGGGGCAAGUGCAAACGUUCAUCUUUUCUCUGUUACAAAAAAAGUAAAAAAUAUUUCUUCUUCUAGAAAUUGUUGUUUAGACCCAAACAAACAAUCUGACAUAGAUAAACUAAACUUUCUUUAAAUUUUUCACUAAAAACACGGCACUGUUUGAUCACACACGAAUUCAAGUUCGUACUAGACAUGAACAGUGUGUUUUUGUUUUGCAUAUUUUGGCUACAAAAAAGGGCAUUCAAAUCCGAAUUUUCGUUAUAAGGUGAGUGUUUGAGACCGAUAAUCAAGUGAAAGCAGAAAAUUUAUGAUAAAUUUUCAUUACACCCCGAAAGUUGUGAAAAUAAUAUUCGCUCUUGUCAACCCACACUGUGGGGCAAGUGCAAACGACACUACCGGGGUAAGUGCAAACGCACCUUUAAGCCAUGCAACAUCAGCCAUUUCAGAAAAUUCAUCACCAAAAUGGUUCAGCAUUAUAUUAAAAUGGUCAGAAGGGGUAUCUAAAGUGUUGCAUCUGAAGCGGAUGUUCAAAAUUCCGUAAUGCAUUAGUAAAUGAAGGUCUUUUGCUUAAAACAACAGUCACCAAAAAUGGAGUUCCAAAAAGUUAUCAAUAUUGCAAGAAAACAGCAAACAUAUUAAUCAAAGUUGAUAAAACGUACCGGAACAUGUAUUCAAUUCAUUUUAAGACCGAUACACUGACUCAUCUGUGAAUUAGUUUGGAAAAAGUAUUGCGUUUGCACUUGCCCCCUUAAACGGGGCAAGUGCAAAUUUUGAAAUUUUUUCACAAAAGCACCGUUACUUUUUACCAAAAUUUUUUAAUUUUUCACUGCCAACGGGAAUUUGUUGAGAACUAUUUUAGUGAUGCAACGAACGAUAAUUGAUAAUUUUUGAACAUAUAAAUAUUAUUCUAGGACAUGUGAAAGUUGAACUAUGGUGAAAACCGUUUGCACUUGCCCCGGUGUACCUUAAUAAAUUAUUGAACUCUGCGAAAUAUGCGUGUGUGUGUGUGUUUUUGAUGCCUAGAAUGGAUUUUUAAUUGAAAUUUUUCCUUAGACAAAGUUUGCACUUCACUCAUUUAUAAGAUUUCUUUUAUCGCAGCUAACGGAGCUAUCAAA